AUGGUCAGAAAUCUCAACAAUUACAAACAAGGCAACACCACGAAGAUCGUGGCGCCCUUUUGUUUCUUUGCACCCAAUUCACUUCGGAUAUACCAGAGGUACAAUGGCGCGAAGAAAUUCGAAUAUGCGAUGGUGCCAAUAGGAUCUAAACGGCUCAUGGAUGUGUAUAGACACUCUCGACCUGACUGCACUGAUGAAGAAAGCUCCGCAUCAUCUUACCAAUAUCCAUUUGGAAACCUGCCCACACUGGAGUCGCACGUCCAGCCCCAUUGGGUUAUCCUUAAUGCUGGCAUGAAGCUGGACUCAAGAUCAGAAUGCGAGAUAGACGCUUUCUAUGAGCGCGUCGCCCAUGCCUAUGACAUUAGUAGAACAGUGGCGAUUUCUUUCAUCAAGGAUAUAAUCGAUUUUAACGCAAAAUGGAGGUCCCCCACACCCCAAGAGGUCGCGUCACCCAAAGUUGCGCUACCCAAGGUUACGCUACCCAAGGUUACGCUACCCAAGGUUACGCUACCCAAGGUCGCGCGAUCCAAGGUUGUGCUACCCAAGGCUGCGUCACCCGAGGUUGCGCUAUCCAAGGUUGCGUCACCCGAGGUUGCAUUAUCCAAGGUCGCGCCCCUCCAGGUCGCGCCGCCCCAGGUCACAUCGCCCGAGGUUGUGCUACCCAAGGUUGCGUCACCCGAGGUUGCGCUAUCCAAGGUUGCGUCACCCGAGGUUGCAUUAUCCAAGGUCGCCCCCCUCCAGGUCGCACCGCCCAAGGUCGCGUUGCCCGAGGGCGCCUCAACAGCCCAGGUUGUGUCACCCGAGGUUGCGGAUGUUGUGGAUGUUGUGGAUGAUAUUUCCGGCGAGGACAACGACUCGACAUCAGCAAAUCAGCCGAUCUCUGACUUAGGUCUGAGAGCCUCUGAGGUUCUUUCUCUGGAUUGGUCUUAA